AAAGAGUUAAGAGUGAGAUCUAGAAAGAGGGUUGAAGAGCAGGAAGCAGGCAGUCAAGGAAUUUGAUAUUUGAAUUGGAGUUCCACGCACGUUGUUUAAUUUAAUUGUUUUGACCGAAAAAUAUAAAAGAAAUAUUCCUCUAAGUCAAUUUGGGUCUGAAAAUCAAAAUCAAAAUCAAAAUCAAAAUCAGAAGGCGAUCUUGAACAACAUGAGUGGUGAUCAAUCUCAAACCCAUCAUCAUGUUCAACCCGAUGAACAAACUGUUUCCGUCUCUCUCUCUGACGACUCUCACUCUCACACUCACACCCCUGAUUACGCUCCAUAUCCUAAACUCGACCCAAACGACGUCGUUCCACCACCACCUCAACCCCUCAACUCUGAAUCUCGCUCCACCGAUGCUGCCACCACUAUGCCCACUGAACCUAAUCCCUAUGUCUCUCCGGCGCCGGUCCCCGCACCCACACCUGCUAAGAACACUUUAGAUUCGGUGAAAGACGUUCUUGGGAAAUGGGGGAAAAAAGCCGCUGAAGCUACCAAGAAAGCUGAGGAUCUUGCUGGGAAUAUGUGGCAGCACUUGAAAACGGGGCCUAGUUUUGCUGAUGCUGCUGUGGGGAGGAUUGCUCAGGGAACAAAAGUCCUUGCAGAAGGUGGCUAUGAAAAGAUCUUUAGACAAACAUUUCAGACUGUACCUGAGGAACAACUUCUUAAAACAUAUGCAUGUUACCUCUCCACCUCUGCUGGUCCUGUCAUGGGAGUUUUGUAUUUGUCAACUGCUAAGCUGGCAUUUUGUAGUGAUAAUCCACUUUCUUACCAAACCGGUGACCAGACUCAAUGGAGCUAUUAUAAGGUGGUCAUUCCAUUGCAUCAGCUGAGGGCAGUGAACCCAUCCACAAGCAGAACCAACCCAUCUGAAAAAUUCAUACAGAUUAUCUCCGUCGACAACCAUGAAUUUUGGUUUAUGGGCUUUGUGCACUACGACAGCGCUGUUAAAUAUAUUCAUGAAGCAUUGCAGUCCCGCUGAUACACAGGGGAUCAUGUAAAGAAAAGGUUUGUGUUGAUAAAUUAUAUCCUCAAUUCAUAAAAACAUGAAACAUUUUAUGUUUAUACUGUAUUUCGUUAGUCUAGUUUGUGGAGCUGUUAUAGUAUUAUUAUUGUGAUGUAAACUCAUUCGUUGUUUUGGUAUUUAUGUGGUUUACAUGUGUGACAUCAUAUUAUUAUUACUUUCCAAAUGUGUAAGUCGAUUGGUUUGUUAUAUGUUGGACCAAUUUAAACGGUGGGUUGGUUUACAUA